UGGGCAGCUUUAUGUAAAGCCCUGGAAGAAUGACCUUCACUGAGCUGGUGAGGUCAUCAAACUCUCUGUUCACAUGGAUAUCCUGAGGAGAAACCCAUUACAAGGCUGUGCGUUAUCACUUUCUGAGAACUUGACUGUUUUACUUAUGUACCCAAGGUAUCAAAGAAGCUUAUUAGGGCAUUAGUUGUCCCAAGCCUGAAGGAUUGAAGCUGUAAACACAUCUCUGGAAAGGCUUUGACUCAGGCCUGGGUUGAAAAAAAUCAGAGGUAGAAUAAGCAGUGAUUUGUGACUAGACUCUUUUCAUAAUUUGUAUUUGGGGAUUCUCUCCUUAAUGUUUAACCACCUUAGAAAAGAGUGACAUUUUUUCUAUAUUAAAAAGGCAAAAUUGAGUGAAAAGGGGUUCUCAUCUCCUGUGCAGUUCCCCAAGUGAAUCUUCCAGCACCUGCAGCCAGUACUGGACAGGGAGAGGGGCCACCUUGCAAGAGCUGAACCUGCAAAUCCAAACAUUGGUGAGCAGUGAGCGUUGUGCCCCCCAAGCCACCUAUUCUCUCUCGGCCAAUGAAGAACCCAGGCGGGUCUGAGGGCUGUUGGGAGGAUCCGAGAUGAGUUUUAUGAGAAGUUCUUACAGAAAAAUCCAGCAGCUCUAGGGCAGACAGUGGAUUAGCCUGGACAGACCUGAGAACACCAAAGCAGCCUUCACUUCGCAUGGGAUUCCUGGACACCUGAGAAACACACACACAGUGAUCAGCCACACACUCCCCACUGGAGACAGAAUACCUGGAUGGCCCCUGGGUUCCAGCAAGGCCAGGGGAAGAGCAGGACACUCCAGGGCUGGGAGAGGAGGGCGGUGGUCCGCCACUGCUGAAGAGCUGGAGGGUGAGAAAGUUCUAUACGCAUGAAUCGGCCUCCUGUAGUUCCAAUGCUUGUUCUUCAUGACCCCUGCAGCCAACCCAUGAGGUGGGCCCUCCUCGCCAAAAAAGGCUACCAGGAGCAGGACCUGGACCCCCAGAUUUCUGUCAUCACCAAACUCAAAGGGGUUUCCGUAACCCAGAUCAAGGAGCUGGGGAAUCGGCUGUGGGAUGUGGCUGACUUCAUGAAGCCACCACAGGGAGAGAACGUGUUCUUCUUGGUGACCAAUUUCCUUGUGACGCCAGAACAAGUUCAGGGCAGAUGCCCAGAGCACCCCUCCAUCCCGCUGGCUAGCUGCUGGGCCGACCAGGACUGUCCUGAAGGGGAGACAGGGACCCACAGCCACGGCAUAAAAACGGGCCAGUGCGUAGUGUUCAACGGGACCCACAGGACCUGUGAGAUCCGGGGCUGGUGCCCAGUGGAGAGUGGUGCUGUGCCUGUGAAGCCCCUGCUGGUCCAGGCCGAGAACUUCACGCUGUUCAUCAAAAACACCGUCACCUUCAGCAAGUUUAACUUCUCCAAGUCCAAUGCCUUGGACACCCAGGACCCAACAUAUUUCAAGCGCUGCCGCUACGACCCGCGCUCCAGCCCCUCCUGCCCUGUGUUCCGCAUCAGGGACCUCAUGGCCGCAGCUGGAGGGGUCUUUGAGGACCUGGCGCUGCUGGGCGGUGCCAUGGGCAUCCACGUCCACUGGAACUGCGACCUGGACACCAGGGCCUCUGACUGCUGGCCCCACUACUCCUUCCAGCUGCAGGAGCGGAGCUACAACUUCAGGUGCGGCCCCCACUGCCCACCUGCUCCGAGCCAGGUUCUCGUCUGCCUGUCCUCCUGUGGUGGCCGGCACAGACCACCCCUCCCAGAACUCUGGAUGGCCACUGUAUGUGGGAGGGGGGCCCAGGGGAAGGAGGAGGUGGUCUCAGCUCCACGACCCCCAACACAGGCUCCAUCCAGCCUCCCUCCUGAGCCCUAUCUCCUCCACCCCAAACCCCUGCUGCUGCUGGGACCCCUCCCCCAGCCCCUCCUCCCCCAUCCUGCCUCUAGCACCCCCCUCCACUGCACAGGGGGCUUUCUUUUUUACUUUUCCCUUAAGGUUUUAUCAAAAAAAUUACAAAAAUCUAUAGAAAAGUUCAAAAAUUAG